GGCAGGCGUACGGCAGUUGGCUGCCGCUCGGCUCGCACGAUAGUCGUGUCACGUGGCGCUCGCGCAAAAUUAAAAAUAUACAAUGGCUUCGAAAUCUAGAUCUCGAUCUUAUCCGUAUAAAAGAUAUUGUUCUGUUUACGGAUGUGCGAAUAAACGGAAGAACAAGGAAGCGGAAUUAACAUUUUUUAAAAUUCCGAACGAUAUUGAAAGACGACAAGAAUGGCUAACAGCAAUCGACAGAGAAGAUUUACUGGACGAGAAGUUAAAGAAGGCCAAAAACAACUUUGUUUGUUCUGCACAUUUCGAUGAUUCUGCAAUCAUAAUUUCUAUAUUGAAGCGGCUGAAAAGUGAUGCAGCACCCACGAAAUUAUUACCUGAUAAAUCUCAGAAAAAUAUUCCACCAGACGCUCGUGAUGUGAGCAAGCAGAACGCGCAACCAUUGCCUGGCCCGAGCAAAAUUCCGACCACACAAACCUCGGAUACCAACUUGUCAUCCAAGGAUCAAGACCCUCUUCGCAGAGGAACUAUCGAGCAAUGUCGCUUCUGCGGCGAAUUCACCAAAUGCGUCUCCGUUUCCAACAAGCCAUACAUCUCUAACAUCACCACACUAGCCUUCAACGACAUCACCGUACAACUGGACUUUAACGACGAAACAUUACCCAAGACCGUCUGCCAAGCCUGCGACGCGAAACUAAGAGAGAUGCACGAUUUUGUCAAAGUCGUCAACACGGCUCAGGAAUCGAUGAUGACUGUUGUAGAACCAAGACAAGGUGAUAUUGAAAUAGACUCUAGAGAAGAUUAUGGAACACUAGUUGUAAAAACUGAAUAUGAUGAUGAUGAUGAAGGAAAAGAUGAAGAUGAUUGUGAUGACAUCGAAAGUAAAGAGGGAAUAGUAGAUUCGUUGACAAUUGGUGAAACUAUAUAUAUCAAAGAAGCUGUAACUCAAAAAAGGAAAAUUAAGACUAAGACAGCAAGUCCUAAAAAGCCGAAGAAAGCUAAAGUUACUGAAGUUAAAAGUGAGAAUGAACAUGAGUUGAUAAUUGAUAUAAAAGAAGAAGUUAUUGAGAGAGACACAAAUGAUCUUGAAUGUGAUACAGGUUGUUUUGUUAGUGAUACAGGGUGCUCUGUUAGUGAUACAGGAACGGAUGCUAAACCCAGUGCAGAGGAACUUGCAACGAGUGCUUUAGUUUUUGAAAUGAGAAGUGAUGGUAGUGGAUAUGGAUAUAAUUUUUAGUUACUGAAUUAAGAUAGGUGUGUUUUAUUAUUUUAAAAUUCAAGCAACCGACUCACCGAAACCCUACAAUAAACCGUAUAGGGAUACUACUGACCAAGAAGAAUCGCUAGACAAUGCUCAGAAUCUUAAAUGGUAUGAGUAAGAGUUAAAAAUAACGGUCGUGAUGUUACGAAUAUUAUGAAGUUCAUAAAUGCUUUCGUUACAAUAAAUUCACUGCGGCAGUUACAUAAUGAUAAAUAUGAAGUCUGAGGGAUACGAUUACUUACUUACUCGGAAGAGUCAACAGAGAUUGCUUGGAAAAUACCAUUGGUCUCGUGAGGCAUGCUGGUGGAAAUUGUCGGAAGCCCACUUGUUUAUCACCAGGGCAUUCCGAAAAACUUUCCUGUCAGAUUCUAAAUUUGUCUGACGCUAUUAUUUAAACUGUACCGAAGAUUUUGACAAUUUACUAACGCAAUUCGUAGAAUUUACCAACAAUACACCUCACCAUCAAGUUUCUAACCAGGGCCCAGCUCACACAGCCUGGAAAAAAUAGUAUACGAUAUACCAGAAGAAAAUGCAUUCUUCUAUAUUUGCGGCUAUUUGUUGCGAAGGUGUGUUGGCUGAAAUUCACAAACGUGACUGCUUAUCGAUUACGCCUCAUCAUAUGCAGACGAAGACAAUGAAAACAACGUGUAAUCCGUCUGAGAGGUUUUGAUAUUAGCCGUGAUCUCUUCGGAGGGUUACAAGCUCCUCCGGAUGAUUUUGUGGAUUAUAUUCAUAGCUUGGAAACAGGAUGUCGAAGUUUACUUCGUUUACGGAAAUAAACUAUUUUCAGUAUUUGAGCGCGAUCGAAGUCAAGAUAAAACCGUGUGCAUGCUUUCCAAUAGGUUUUUUGGUAAAAUGAUUUAUCAGGAUGUUUUUUUUAUAUAGGUAGUAAGAUUCAACAACAGACUUUUGAAAUCUAGCAAAUCUAAAAACCGAAAAUAUUUGCCAGUACGAAGUAUUUGUUUGUUUGUUUCUAUUUGUUGUUAUAAAAUGGGUAUAUUAGAAAUACCUAGUAUUAGCGAAUGUGUAAAUUAAUGUGAAUUAAAGAGAAAACCGGAAAUUGUAAAAUAUUAAACA